AUUGUAAACAAACAUGAUGAAAAUGGGAAAUAUACUUUUCCCAUUCUUCAUUGCUUUUUCGCCUGUGUUAUCUCCUUUUUGCAAUGUAGUGAAGAAAAAUCAAACUCAAUAUUCGCUAAGCAAAUGUCACGUCAUGUUGAACCUACAAAAGAGGAAAUUUUGUGAUAAGAAACCCCGAAUUUUGAGCCAACAGCUGACAAAUCGUGUUACAAAAUAUGCUUCACUGCAUUCACACGAUAAAGAAGAUAUAGAAAAGAAUAAUUCUGAGCAUGCAGAAAAAAAGAGAAAAAGAGAGAAGAAAACAGAAACAAAUCAAGAGGAGCAGAGAGAGAAAAAGAGAAAGAAAGAAAAGAAGCCAGCUCCAAAUUACUUCCUAGCAGUUCAGGUCACAGAGGAAGAGAUAAAACAGAACGUCCGAGAGAUACAGAAGGUCAUUUUAGAAAAAGAAAAGAACCUUUCUCACGCGAUGGUGAAGACAGAGAGUCUCCAUCUCACACUGGGGGUAUACCACCUAGAGGAUCAGGACAGGGUCGCGCAGGCAGUAGAAGCUUUGGACAGAUUUCACAGUAAACUGAAGAUUUCCAAUUUUACGCCACCAAGUUUAAAUGUUUCUGAUGUGGGACACUUUAAGCACAAAGUUUUGUUUGCAUCAGUGACAGAAGACAAAGGACUAGAAGACCUCAACACUCUCGUUAAAGAUGUAAGGAAAUCUCUUGAGACAGAUGGAUUUUCUACCGCAGAUAACCGAUACACGCCUCACAUUACAAUCAGCAAGAUGUCCAAGAACAUGCCCAAACUUAGAAAAUUAGGUAUAAAGAGAAUUGAGCCAACGCAUUAUGAAGAGAAGAAGACCGUCUACUUUGGAAGACAGACAAUUGAAAGUAUCCAGCUUUGUUCUAUGGACGAACCAAAGUCAGAAUCUGGGUACUAUCACGUAGAACAUGAAAUCAAAUUCCAGCUGUCUAAUGACACGGAAGAUAACUGAUAUACUUAUAUCUCUUUUAAGAGAGUACGGAUGGUUUGCAGUGGCUUUGCUUCAAGCAGUUUACAAACUGGCAUUUGAGAAUGGAAUUGCUUCUUUAAUCUUUUAAGUAUGUCGACACCCAAAUACAGAAAAUUGUUUCAAGGGAAGUUCAGAUCCAUGUGUUCCUUUCGAAUUGCUCUUCUGUGAUUAUGGAUGUUUUCCAGUCACUCUGUUUUCAGCAGUCUUAAAUUGCCAAGUACGUGUGAAAUUGCUUCCAAAGAUCUGUAGGUCGACAAAAAUUGCUGAAAGUGUUUAACGGAUUUGUUUAAAUCCAAGUGUUCUUUUGACAAAUCAGCGAAUUUACGAUCAACACAGUUAAAUCCUUUUAAUUAUGAAAUUGAUUAAGGGGUUCUUCAACGGAUGGUUAGAGAAUGUAACACUCCGGAGAUUAGGUAUUAGAAAUAGCGCCAGAUAUUCGAACAUCGUAUGUAGUGACAAAGUAUUUUCUAUGCACAUCCCCCAAAGGACCUAACCCCCCCCCCCAAAAAAAAAAACCCUAUGACAUUGGUAAUAACUUAAAGACAUGUUUUAAUUUCUAGACAUCUCCGCCGUCUCUUUUGACUAGAACGUAGCAUUAAAAAAAGGAAAGUAACUGUGACAGUGAUUCUAAUUAAUACUUUAUGUAAUUCAUAAUAAAUCUGAGGUGCAUUUGAUAA